AUGGAGGACGGAGAGCGACCCAGAAAGAUCGCGAAAUUGGCGAAGGAAAGUGCCCAGGAUGAAUCGGUCCCUGUGAUGACCGGCGCCGUGGGGAGCGUUUCCGACGACACCGAUGCGCGCAACGAUUCCAGUGCAGCAAAUGGACAAGCAAAGGAAGGGGAAACGAGCGAAUCAGCACCCCAAUUGUCCAAGAACCAGCUGAAGAAACUCCGCCGACAAGAGCAUUGGGAGUCCCAGCGCGAACUGCGCAAGGUGAAGCGGAAGGAAUACAUGCAGGCGAAGAAGGAUCGGGUACGCAAUCAAUGGGACGAGGCACGGAAGGCCGGACCGGAAGCUGUGGAGAAGCUGAGGAAAGAACGAGAAUCGACCCGGCACCGAUUUCGAAAGUCAACCCUGCUCCCUCUGACGCUGGUCAUGGACUGCGGAUACGACGACCUGAUGAACGACAAGGAGCGGAAGUCCCUCGCUUCGCAGAUCACACGCUCCUACUCCGACAACGCCCGAUCUCCAUACCGCGCGCAUAUGAUUAUGUCCACAUUCGAUAAGUUGUUGAAGGAGCGGUUUGACACCGUGAUGAGGAAGACGCACGAGAGUUGGAAGGGCGUUAGCUUCAUUGGGGAAGACUUUGCCGUUGCCGCUGAGCAGGCGAAGGAGUUGAUGCAGGGACCUAAGGGCGGCGAGCUCGCCGGCGUAUUCGCCGACAAGACUGAUGCCAAACCGGAAGAUGGAGAGGUCAUCUACCUCAGCAGCGACAGCCCUCACACCUUGACGGAAUUGAAGCCGUACAGCACGUACAUCAUUGGCGGACUGGUCGACAAAAACCGGCACAAGGGGAUCUGCUACAGAGCGGCGGAGGAAAAAGGAAUCAAAACCGCCAAGCUACCCAUUGGAGACUAUAUCCAGAUGGCGUCGCGCAAGGUGCUGGCAACCAACCAUGUGGUGGAAAUCAUGCUUAAGUGGCUGGAAGUCAGGGACUGGGGUGAGGCGUUCAUGCAAGUGAUCCCUCAAAGAAAAGGAGGGGCUUUGAAGAACUCGGAGCGUGACUCGGAAGAUCCAGUGCAGCGUGGUGAUAGCGCAGAAGCUGAGUCCGAGGAUGACCCGGAAGAGGCGACACCUAAGGAAGCAUAG